GUGAGGGCGCGGGAUUCCCGCCUCCGCUUCCGAUUCCGCGGAGCCUCCGGGUUCCCCGCACUGUCAGAAGGCGCCCGGACGGCGGGCCGGUCCGGCGCGGCGCACGCCCUCGCCUAGAGGACUUGCUCGCAGGGGUGCCCGGUCCCCGCGGCUCCCCGCCCUCCCGCUCUGUCCCUCCCCCCGGCUCAGGCUGGCCGCGGGCACAGGCGGACACCUACUCCCUCCUCCGGGCCCGGCCCCCGUCCGGGCUCGGGGCCUCCCGCCGGCUUCCCGGCGCACUUUGUCACUCGGGCUGACCUUCGGCCGCGGGGGCCCGCCCGGGAGCCAGAAACUUCGGCAGCCCCAGGGCGCGGAGGCGGCGGCCAGCUCCCCCGCGCGGCGGCGAGGCGUGCGGGGCCGGGCGGCGGGAAGGCGCCGCCGAGCGCCGCGCGGAGCCGGGGGCCGCGGCCGCGCGCGUUCCGAGGCGGCGCCGGGGACGCUGGGCGCCCGAUCCCGCCCGCGGCCGCACGCCGCCUCCGCCGCCGGGUUACACAGAUGCUUCCAUUCCUGCUGCUGCCCGCUUCGCUCACUCCUGCGUCUGGAUGGGAAGUUGGGGAAAAUGGACAGGGUCGUGCUGCCGUGGAUUGCUCUCUUCUGGCUAACAGGCUUGUGCCGCUGGACAGGCUGCCUCUCGGCCUCAGCAAGGUAGAGGAGCUAACAAUGGCGGCUGGGGAGGGGGCAGGAGGAGAGAGGAGCAGUCAAGGAUGAGAUGGAGUCAGACUCAUCGUUCACAGAGAAACAGGAGAGGAAAGCCAUGGCUGAAGGCCUUCAGGUCACAGUGCCUGACAAGAAGAAGGUGGCCUUGCUCUUCCAGCCCACUGUGCUUCGCUGCCACUUCUCCACGUCCUCCCAGCAGCCUGCAGUCGUGCAGUGGAAGUUCAAGUCCUACUGCCAAGAUCGCAUGGGGGAAUCCUUGGGCGUGUCUUCUCCCCGGGCCCAGUCUCUCAGCAAAAGAAACCUGGAAUGGGACCCCUACUUGGAUUGUUUAGACAGCAGGAGGACUGUUCGAGUGGUGGCUUCAAAACAGGGCUCAGCCGUCACGCUGGGAGAUUUCUACAGAGGCCGGGAGAUCACGAUUGUUCAUGAUGCCGAUCUUCAAAUUGGAAAACUCAUGUGGGGAGACAGCGGACUCUAUUACUGCAUUGUCACUACCCCUGAUGACCUGGAGGGCAAAAACGAGGACUCGGUGGAACUGCUGGUGUUGGGCAGGACAGGGCUGCUUGCUGAUCUCUUGCCCAGUUUUGCUGUGGAGAUUAUGCCAGAGUGGGUGUUUGUUGGCCUGGUGAUCCUGGGAAUCUUCCUCUUCUUCGUCCUGGUGGGGAUCUGCUGGUGCCAGUGCUGCCCUCACAGCUGCUGUUGCUACAUCCGCUGCCCAUGUUGCCCAGAUUCCUGCUGCUGCCCUCAGGCCUUGUAUGAAGCAGGGAAAGCAGCAAAGGCCGGGUACCCUCCCUCUGUCUCCGGUGUCCCCGGCCCUUACUCCAUCCCCUCUGUCCCCUUGGGAGGAACCCCCUCAUCUGGCAUGCUGAUGGACAAGCCGCAUCCACCUCCCCUGGCACCAAGUGACUCCACUGGAGGAAGCCACAGUGUUCGCAAAGGUUACCGGAUCCAAGCUGACAAAGAGAGAGACUCCAUGAAGGUCCUGUACUAUGUCGAGAAGGAGCUGGCUCAGUUUGAUCCAGCCCGAAGGAUGAGAGGCAGAUAUAACAACACCAUCUCAGAACUCAGCUCCCUGCAUGAGGAGGACAGCCAUUUCCGCCAGUCUUACCAUCAGAUGCGAAGCAAGCAGUUCCCUGUGUCCGGGGACUUGGAGAGCAAUCCUGACUACUGGUCAGGUGUCAUGGGAGGCAGCAGUGGGGCAAGCCGGGGGCCCUCAGCCAUGGAGUAUAACAAAGAGGACCGGGAGAGCUUCAGGCACAGCCAGCAGCGAUCCAAAUCCGAGAUGCUGUCGCGGAAGAACUUCGCCACCGGCGUGCCGGCCGUCUCCAUGGACGAGCUGGCGGCCUUCGCCGACUCCUACGGCCAGCGGGCCCGCCGGGCCGACGGCAACAGCCACGAGGCCCGGGGCGGGAGCCGCUUCGAGCGCUCGGAGGCGCGGGCGCUGGGAGGCUUCUACCAGGACGGCUCGCUGGAGGAGGCCUACGGGCCGCGGAGCCGCAGCCGCGAGCCGCCCGGCGACCCGGAGCGCGCCUGGGCCUACAGCCCCGCGCGCCGGCGGCCGCCCGACGACGCGCCCCUGCCGCGCCUGGUGAGCCGCACGCCGGGCACGGCGCCCAAGCACGAGCACCCGCCGCGCGGGGGCGCGCGGGAGCGCCAGGCCCGGCCCGAGGGCGCCAGCCGCGGCGGCAGCCUCGAGACGCCGUCCCGGCUGAGCGCGCGGCUCGGCCCGCGCAGCGCCUCCUACUACGCCUGGUCGCCCACGGCCACCUACGAGGCCAGCUCGCCGCCCGGCGACGAGGAGGACGCGCCCGACGACGCGCUGCCGCCCUACAGCGAGCGCGAGCUGAGCCGCGGCCCGUCCUACCGCGGCCGCGAGCUGCCCUACGCCAGCAACUCGGAGAAGAGGAGGAAGAAGGAGGCCGCCAAGAAAAGCAGUGAUUUCCCAACCAGGAUGUCCCUUGUGGUCUGAUAUUUGUUUUCAAGACAUCUCUCUGGAUGACUAGAAGUCAGAAGUGGACUGCGGGGUCAAGACACAAAUCCACGAGCCAGCAGGCCCCGGACCUUCUCUGGCCACCAUCUUGGAAGAUUUGCCAAUCUUUGCUUUGGCAAGGGAUGAGGGGCAGCCUUUAAGACAGGCUGAUUCCAAACCUCAGUGCCCAUCUAACUAGUUUGAGAAACUUAUCAAGAAAACAGCUACGUGUGAGAAGGUUCCCACACAUGGGGUUUCUCACCUGCAGAGUUCAUCCUGUCCAAUCUCCUUCCUUAGCUGAACCAGGAUUCCUUUUCCAGUUCUGAAAGGGAGUUAGCUGUGGACUGCUAAUCUCCAGAAGAUGCCUCUGCCUACAGUAUGCUUUUCUGUACCUCCUGUGCUGUGCUUAGGGACAGAAGAAUUUAUUGCUACUAUUAGAAGGCGGCCUUCUACUGACAAAAGAAGGUAGCUUCAGGCAAAAUAUACCUUUUAUCCCCAUCACCUCCAAGGCACUAGCCAAUGACUGUUGUUACAGUAAAAUCAGAAGGCCUUUGGUGAACUCAGUGACAGUGACCUGCUGGAAAAUCACAGAAAUGACUUCAAUUUUCUGUUCUGAUUGACAGUUCCUGAGUGGCUGGAGCAAAACAAAAGAGAGUAUACCUUUUUGAAAAGCCAAGUGGUAUUUCUCUUUCCAUUCUGAGAACAAGCUCUGCUUUUCCUCUUUCUGCUGUCCACGGGGACGUCUGAGUCUCGGACAUCAAGGGCUCGCCUCGUCCUUCCUCUCCUGGACUUUCCACAGCUUGGUGCCACACACAGAGCCCCCUCCCUCUGCAGUCUGAUUAGGUUGUCAUCAGGUGCCUUUUGAUAAAUGCUUAAAAUAUACACAAAAGAAAAGAGGGAGAAAAAGAGGAGAGAGCAGUAAUGCAGAAGAAUGAAAUAGAAAAGAAUGGACAAGAAUUUAAGAGGAAAAGAAUAUAUGGUCUCAUUAUAUUUUGAAUGUGGGCCAUUUCCCCCACAAACUCUACCUAAUUCUUCUCUGGUUUUGAACUUCAUUUACCAUGAGUUGUUUCUGCCAUCCCAGCCCUGCCAUUUCAGGAUACUGGAGAUGUGGAACAUGCAUCUUGGCCUCACCAGGCUGCCACUCUAGAUGCUUUUGAGAGGUGAGAGGUAUUGCUUCCUUAGGAAGGAGCACUUCCUAUUCUCACCUUUGCCUAAAUGAUAGAUUUUGCCCAGAUCCCAAAACUAGAUCUCUCUGGAUUUUAUAAUUGGACUGCAAAAAAUGGCCGCAAACUCUUCCCUUCUCAUCAAGAGGUGCAGUCUCUUUCUUCACCCCUUGAACCCAGGAUUGGCCAUUUGAUUUGGCCAGUGGCCCAAUAACAAAUGUGACACAAGCAGAGACUUGAAAAAUUCUUGUGCAUGGGGCUUGUCCUCUCUUGCUGCUCUUGGGAAUCUUGCAAUCACCAUCAGGUGAACGAGCCUGGGCUAUCCUGCUGCAUGAUGAGAGAAAAGGGCCUAGUUACCCCUGUCGUGCUGUCUGACAGCUUGUCAACUCUCAGCUGAUGCAAACACAUGAGUGAGCCCACCCAAGACCAACAGAAGAACUGCCUAGCUGAGCCUAGCCAAAAUUGCUGAUUCCAACUCAAGGUGUGAAAAGUUGGUGCACUCUUUAAAUGUUCAUUUCUCUUCAAGGAAAACUGACUUUUUCUUCGUGUCUGAGUGUUCAGCUCUGAAUCUCUGACUCCACCUCACCUUAGGUGUCUCACAGUCUCCCCUCUGUCAAAGCUUUUCACCCCACACUUGGGUCAAAUCACUGGGAGACAGUGAUUGGCCUCACUAUCCUCCCAUUCCUAGCAGUGGAUCAUUCUCUAUCUGUGGAUCCAUGGACAACCUCUGAAGAAGAUUUCUUCUUCAGCAUCUCCUUGGUCUUAUCCAGAGCCACCUUACUGGAGCUAGGCCCUAUUCUCAGAAUACCAUUCCACUGGUAUCCAUUUACUUUAUGGCAUUCCAAAACAGUCCUACAUGUGCAAUGAAAUAAAGAAGAGGCUGGGUGAGAGUCAGAGGGAUGAGUUGAUAUCAUUGCUUGCAGGAGAAUUGGCCGACCCAAGGACUUCACAGAGGCUUUGGCCUAUCAAGAGGAACCAGAAGGACAGUUCAGCCCAGUGCUGGCACUUCCAAGGGCUGGAAGACACAAGCCAUAACCCUGGUGCUGAGUUUUAGACUUGCCGGUGUCCCUGGUCUCUGAAAGCGUCGGUCUAGUCUACCUGUUUGGGUCCCAAUUCAGAUGGAAAAGAUGAUUAAAACAUCGUUUCUUAGUCACCAGCUUUGGAUUUCAACUUGCUCAGGCAAUUUUGGAGAAUAUUGGGUAGCUGCAGUAGCUAUUAUCUCUAUACUGAGCACUGUGUCAGGCUUCUCACCACCAAAGAGCCCCAUAGCACCAGCUGCAGAGACCAAAACUAUUUCUUUUAUUAGCCGGAGGCAUGUAUGAUUUUGGUGAAGAUUGAGGGGAGCAAUGAGAAAGAGUUAUUAAAACUGGAAACCUGCAGUUCCAAAGACAACAAAACUACAGACAGACAAUAAAAAAUGCAAAGAUGAUAACAGCCUACUGAAAUGACCUGGGGAGAUGGGACCAGGUUGUCCUCCACGGGGUGGCAUAAAUCACUCAGACUUCCCAAGAGAGAAAGCAGUUGUUUCUGGGGAUGUGGACAGGAGAUAAGGCUGUCUAGACAAGUACAUGCAAAGCUGUCCGUCCUCAGCACCCCGGCUCUUCUCUUCAUGACCUUUUGUUUCUUCUCCCCUGAAUAGUGUGUCCUACAUAGGAAGUGCUUGCACAUGUUAGCUUCCUUCCUAGGUUUUAUUGGGGUACAUAAUAAGUCUUGUGUAGGACAUGGUCUCUAUCAUUGGGACCCUACAAUUGAAUAGGGGAAAGGAGACAUGCCCAAGAAAGAAUUAGGAGAUUUUAUGCAUAUAAUAUGAAAUAUCGCUAUGGAUAAGUUACAACAAACCCAGAGAAUUAAAGUUUUUUAUUUAAAUGGGUA